UGACGCAGGUAUGAAGGUGUUCAAGGACCAUACGCAACAAAAUAGCCUGGAAAACAGCUCAAGCCACGACAUGACAAACGGGAGUAAGUCAUGGACUGAAACAUCAAGAGAACCUCCUGCAAAAAACCAGAUCAAUCACUCACCUGAAAGACCGAUACAAGGGCACAAGUCGCAAAUGCCAAACGACGGAACCUUCCAAAAAGAUCGCUCUGACGAUGACCUUGUUUUCACAGUGUUGCCACCGACAAUGAAGAAACGCGAAUUUAACGACAGAGCAAACCCAGACAACAUGGUGACACCACCAACAACAGAGCUUCCUCGGAAUCCUGAUCAGCUGGAGAGAGCGUUAUGGUCCAGAAUAAUGACGGACGAAGACAGUCAGCUACUUGUAACCGGGAUGCCUCCGACAGAGAACCAGAUAGCCAGCAUGAUGGCUUCCGAAAGCUUUAUUCUAAACGACGAUGCUCCUAUCCGUGACAAACGGGAAGCAACAGAUGAUACGGAAGCAAUAGAAUAUGGAUCUACCCAUCUGCAGCUGCCUUAUCUUAGCUAUAGCAUGAUGCGUUUACAGGUAAUAUUUUAUUUCCCAAAUAGAAUAUUUUUUAAAAUCCAUCAAUUAGUAAAACAUCAGGAUAUUCACUGGAUAUAACAACUCAUAUAGAUUAUGGUUCUUUAAGCAAUUGCUUACAACAAGUUUGACAACAACGUUUUGUAUUAUGGUUCAUAUAGACUAUUACAGGAAUUGGUUAUGGUUGUUUAUGCAAUUGCUUACAACAAGUUUGACAACAACUUUUUGUAUUAUGGUUCAUAUAGACUAUUACAGGAAUUGGUUAUGGUUGUUUAUGCAAUUGCUUACAACAAGUUUGACAACAACGUUUUGUAUUAUGGUUCAUAUAGACUAUUACAGGAAUUGGUUAUGGUUGUUUAUGCAAUUGCUUACCACAAGUUUGACUAUAACUUUUUCUAAAUGGUUAUACACUAUUAUAGGAAUUAGUUAUGGCUGUUUGGGUGACUGCUUAUCAUAAGUUUGAAUACAACUUUUUCUAUACAAUUAAUUUUAGACCAAGAGUUGAAAGGUGUGUACAUAGAAAAUGUUGACCCAGUAGUCACCGACAGAAAAUUGCAGUUACCUGGCAAAUUGGUUCCUUCUAAGCAAGGAGAUUCUACAAACACAAGAAGAACAUAAAAAGAAAAUGGUCAUACAGCACUGAAAAAAACAAAACUUUUUGGACAUUGCAGAGAUUUCUUGUGUAGAGAUUGUAUUAGUGUGUUUAAUUGCCAAUCUGGAUUUAC